UUCUGUCAUGACUCGAUUCUGCAAGCAGCCGGCGUUUGUUUCGGUCGAUGAGUCGCUGACCCGACGAAUUUUAUAGGUUAUAUUGUUGUCAAACAAAGCAGCCCGUCGACGAAAAUCCACUCGCCGAUCGUCGUGUGUUAUGAAAAAAAAUGUGCAUUGGCCCUUUCAAGAGGAUUUGUCACUGGGGACCCUUGACAGCCCUUGGUAUCAUAAAAAUUAUCACGCUGAUGACGAUACAUUGUAGUAGACAAUGGUGGCCCCCCGAAGAGAGCAUUUCUGGCGCCGUUUAUUUCCUCUGUUUUUUUAGUCUCAGCGGCUCUACGCUUUAUCAUUUCAUAAGUUCGAUCUACGAGGGACCAGGAUACCUGCCGUUGAAAUGGACGCCGGAGCAGAUAUCCGACACUCAAUACUUGCAGUUCUGCACGACGUGUCUUGGUUACAAAGCGCCGAGAUCGCAUCAUUGUAGAAAAUGUAAUCGUUGCGUCAUGAAGAUGGACCAUCAUUGUCCGUGGAUAAACAACUGUGUGGGACACUACAACCACGGCCAUUUUACAGCAUUCUUAGCGAGCGCAGUUGGCGGAUGCUGCAUGGCGACGUUUACGCUCGUUUCUUGGCUCAUGAGCGUUUUGGCCCUUAAAAUUCACCUGUUUCCACCCCCUUCUGUAAUCAUAUUGAUUCUAGCGGUCUUCACUAGCGGUUUGUCCAUUGGAGUCGUUCUCGCCGUUGGAAUGUUACUUUAUUUCCAGCUGAAAGCAAUACUCAGAAAUCGCACCGGCAUAGAAGACUGGAUAAAUGAAAAAGCAGAAUACCGCAGAUACGGAACAAAUGAAAAAUUUAUACACCCUUACUCCAGGGGCUGGUUCAAAGACACGAAAGACGUACUUACAUGGAAUUGCAUUCCAAAAGGUGACGGCAUUACUUGGCCAGUCGUCGAUGGAUGCGAUCAGUACACUUUGACGCGUGAACAGCUCGCGCAAAAGCAGGAGAAACGUAAACGAGCUCUAAGGUACAGAAUAAUCUCAUCGGCAUCCGGUUCCUGGGUGCCGAUCACCUACGGAUGUGCAGUUUUGUGUCAUCCGCCUUGUACAGACGAAACACGUAUCAAGCUCAGUGUAAAUGACACUGUCAUAGUGACGAGAUGGCGAAGGUACUGGCUCUUCGGGGAAAAAGAAAACAACGACGUAGGAGGUGCCGACAAAAAACCGAACCGCGUUCGUGGCUGGUUUCCAAGAGCGUGCGGCGUUGAAAUAGUAGGAAGUCAAUAUGUACAGUCGUAUAAGCGCGAUUAGGAUAAAAUAACGGCCUAGUACUACCUUAGUAGGAAAACAGACAAAGAGGAUAAAAAAAAACGUGACAUUGUACCGAAUGUGCGUUAAUACUAUGCAGUCUGACAUGACUUACAAUCAGCCAAGGCGUAUAUAAUUGUGUGUAUCUAUGUGUGUGUUCCGAACAUAUUUUCCAUUUGUCCACUGUACGUUAUAUGUAUGCCUAUUACCUUUUUUUACUCAAAUUUUUUACUCGCCGAAGCGACAAAAUCAAGCUAGUUAGUUAAAUUUUAAGCGUAUGCAUUAAUACCUGUAUACGUAUGUACAAGAGAAUUUUUACGUACGAUUUACUUUGUCGGAUCUAUCUCUUAUCGGUAUAGUCAAGUGUAUAUGCACAAUUAAUCCUCCAAUAUUGAGGGGAUAAUUUUUAUCAGGAUGAAUAUUUGCAUCGUAAAUCAGUCCGAAGAUACUUGAUACAUAAUUAUGUAUAGUUUAAAUUAAAUUUAUAUACAUUGUUAUAAUUUUACAAAGAGUAUUGUUUACCUUGUUAUGUACAACGUGUGCGUACAUAUCAUGUUGUUAUUAACGUCAUUUUAUUUCUACAGUCCUGAUUAACUCGGGAUAUAUUACAACGUGUAUAGUAUUUUUAAUAUCUAUUCUACUUCUACAACAAUAUCUAAACCGUACAAUUCGUACACGCGCAUAUCUAUUAUACAAUACGA